AUGGUCGAUUUUGAAGCAGAUAAGGGGGGAAGCUUGGAGAAGUUAUGUGCUGAAAUUGAUACUUGCCUAAAUGGGCCAAUACAAAUGUCUUCAUCUCACUUGGACUACUUAAGGGACGAGCCUAGUCAUGACCCUGACUCUAGUUUGGGCCCAUGCACUGGCCUUAAGGUGAAGGGUAUUGGCAAGAAGAGUAAAGACAGGUGGAUUGCUCCACCAGUUGGAACUUUGAAACUAAAUGUUGAUGGUGCUCUUUUCUUUGACCAACAAAGAGCAGGAGUGGGAGCUCUACUUCGAGAUGAGAAGGGGGAUGUCCUGCUAACAGCUUGUAAGAAAGAGAUGACAGUUAAUAAUCUACUCGAGAUUGAACUGUUGGCUAUUCUUAGAGGUUUACAACUAUGUCUACAUAAAGGUAUACCAAAGUUGGAGAUAGAGACUGAUUCACUGAUUAUGGCCAAUACUAUUCCGAGUAAAGAAGCCUAUUCACGGUCUAUGAUAGGAAAUAUGAUCAAGGGGAUACAAGAUUUGAUGAAGCUCUUUCACCAGUGUAGCAUUCAACAUGUUGGAAGCAUAAGUAAUGCUGGGGCACAAAAGUUGGCAAAGUAUGCAUGGCAUAUUGAUGAUAUCAGUGUAUGGGAAUGUUCUUUCCCUGAGUCUAUUGAAUUUGUUAUAUGGGUUGAAAAAUAUUGUUUGUAA